UUCCCCGGUCACAGUCGCUGCUCAGGUAUGAGCCAGUCCCGGGUUUAAACAGCUGGGACACACCGGACCGUUACCGGCUGAGGACAGGUUUCGGUUUAUGUUUGUUUGUUUCAAGCUCGCGGGAAGCCGUUUGGAUGAAUUAGUGUUGGCGCGUGCACCAUGCUGAGCGCCGUUAAGAUGGAGGGACACGAGCAUCCAGACUGGAGCGGCAGCAGCUACUACGGAGAGACCGAGUGUUACACCGCAGCAGGAAACAUGAACUCCGGUCUGUCCAUGAACUCAAUGAGCAGCUACAUGAGCGCGCCUGGCAUGACUGGCACCGGCCACAUGAACGCGCAUUACGUGAACCCGGUCGGGGUCAACCACUCCUCGAUGCCCGCCGGAGUGUCACACAGCCCCGGGGCCAUGGUGCAGGCCGGAGCCGGGAUAACGGGCCUGGGCACCGCGCUGCCGCCGAGCAUGAGCUCCAUCAGCCCGCCGCCGUACGGCAGCAUACCGGGGAUGAGCCCGGUGUACGGCCAGGCCUGCGGCAUCAGAUCCCGGGAGCCCAAACCGUACCGGCGGAGCUACACGCAUGCCAAGCCACCGUACUCGUACAUCUCCCUGAUCACCAUGGCUAUCCAGCAGUCCGGGAGCAAGAUGCUCACGUUAAACGAGAUCUACCAGUGGAUCACGGACCUGUUCCCGUUUUACCGGCAGAACCAGCAGCGGUGGCAGAACUCCAUCCGACACUCGCUCUCCUUUAACGACUGCUUCAUUAAGGUGCCGCGCUUACCGGACAAACCGGGGAAAGGCUCCUUCUGGGCCCUCCACCCGGACUCGGGGAACAUGUUUGAGAACGGCUGCUACCUCCGGCGGCAGAAGCGCUUCAAGUGCGGGAAACAGCCCGGUAAAGGUGACAAGGAGGCGGGGAAGUCGGGCCCGGAGGGCGGCUCGGUUACCACCAGCAGCACCGGCUCCGACUCCCCGCACUCCUCCUCCUCAUCCCCUCCGUCCUCAGAAGUGAAGGCAGCCGGUGUCGAGCUUAAACAGCACCGGGGUGAACUUUUGCCCUCCAGCCCUGUGCGCGUGCCCUCCCCGCUCGCGAACACCCAGCACCUUUUCUCCCAUCACCACCAUCACCACCACCACCCGCUGCUGCUGCACGAGGCCGCGCUGAAGCCGGACCACUACCACCCCCACCACCACUACUCCUUCAACCACCCGUUCUCCAUCAACAACCUCAUGUCCGAGCCGCAGCACCACAAACUGGAGCCGGUGGUGCAGUACGGAGGCUACGGCUGCCCGGUGUCCGGGGCGCUGGUGGCGGCCAAAACCGGCCUGGAUCCCGCUCACACCGACACCAACUACUACCGCGGCGUGUACAGCAGACCCCUUAUGAACUCCUGAAAUACUUUUACAGUGAUAAAGCUUCGAUUUGUAUAUUUGUGAAAGGUCCUUUCAUCAGUCAUUGUGUUUGUUUACGUGCAACAGAUAAAAAUCUUUAUAU